AUGAGAAGUUUUCCACAUGCAUGGGGUUUUUCAGGUGGAUCUGUCGAUUCGACAGAUGAUAGUUUGGAAGCGGCUAUAGCGAGAGAAAUAUGGGAAGAAACGGGGCUAAAAGUUAGUGGAUCGUCGCUAUCAGCUAUGCAAGCACUAGACGCUUCAGCAGGGGAUGGAGAGAAGACGACCACCAGUUGUAGUGGUUGGACUAUUGAAUGUAUUUGGGAAUCCGUAUUUCCAACCAUUCCAGAACCGAGAAUAACCAUCAAGAGACAUCACUUGGUGGUAUAUUUGUCCAUCAAGCUAUCAGAGCGUGAAAUGUCCCAAAUGUCCCUGAAACUGUGCGACGAAGAAGUGGACGCAGCAGUGUGGCUUUCACCUAAGAAGGUCAAUUCCAUUCUGGCAAAGGGUUUGUGUCGUGCCGAUUCUUCUGUUUCAGAAGAGGAGAUAUGGGUCGAUCUUUUGACAUCUUCCAACACUCAAGUGGCUGCCAAGACUGGUGUGAAAGAAUCAUUGGAACAUUUGUCGGGGAUUUAUCCUAGGUUUGAUGACGAUGAUACUUCGUCACAACAUCCGUUUGGAAUGGCACAAGGAUCCCUUUUUGCUCUGCAGGAGUACUGUAAUCGCCAUCAUGAUGAAUAA